GCGCGCGGGCUUGACGUGCCGCUGGCGCUGAUGGCGGCGGGGCUCGCGGAGGGUCGCACCGAGGAGGGAGCGCGAGACAGAGAGAGAGAGAGAGAGAGAGAGAGACAGGAGAGAGAGAGACAGACAGGAGGCCCCGGCGGUACCGAGCGGAGACACACCGACACACUCAACGACCGACACACCGACGAAGGGUGAGGAGAGGCCCGCAGACUGACCGGAGGAGGACGGAGCGGUACGGGGGUGUUAGUUCAGGACCUCCUAUUGGCCGUCACCCUGUCUGGCUCCGCCCCCACCCCACUGUACUACUACAGCUGCAGUAGUCGUAGUAUUUGGUUGCAGUAACAUUGAAACUGCCACUUUAGCUGCUGCUUCAUUGUGAAAUCAGAAGUAUUUCACCUGUUAGAUUAGCUUCAUUUUGAAGCUACUUGCCGUUAGCGGCUAACAGCUAGCACAGCAAUUCCACUUCACACUCUUCAGAAAAUAUAAAUUUCUUUUGGAGAAUAAAUGACCUAAAAGGAAAAUGUAGCUGCGCUUCGAUCUGAGGUUUUUUUUUGUUGGUGUUUUGCUAGCUAACAGCUAGUUAGCCGCUAGUGGAGAGCGGUGGCGCGGGGCUAGUUUUUGCGGAUCAGAGCGGGGGCGCGAUGGAGUACCACUCCGGUGGCAGCCUGCCCCUGCUGGGGAGACCGCGGUACUGCCCUGGGGCCAAUGCUAACGGAGGCUACCUCUGUGAGACGGGACACUGCUGCGGAGAGACCGGCUGCUGCACUUACUACUACGAACUCUGGUGGUUCUGGCUGCUCUGGACUGUCCUCAUCCUCUUCAGCUGCUGCUGUGCGUACCGACACCGUCGAGCCAAACUGAGGGUUCAGCAGCAGCAGAGGCAGAGAGAGAUCAGCCUGCUGGCUUAUCAUGGAGCCAACUCAUACCCGUCCUCCAUGCUGGACCUCAGUUUCCUGGCGUCUCUGAAGCUGCCGUCCUAUGAGGAGGUGGCGGCUCAACCCUCCACCCCUCCCCCACCGUACAGCUCCGUGUUCACCACCCCGCGGUACCCGCAGCCCCCCCGCACCGCCGAUCCCCACCUGCUCACGCAACAUCACGACCCGCUGCUGCACCGGCCGCUCAGCGACGGUCCCUCCUCCCUCAGCUCCGACAACAGCUCCAGUUGUUCCUGUGACUCCUGCUGCCCCUCCUCUCCGUGUAGCUCCUCCCUAUCGGCCCCCGUCACGUACGAGACCGACACGAGCCACGCCACCACGCCCAGCGAGGCCGCAGCCCUCGCUUUUGACAUCACCAUGGAGACCAUCACGGCUGCGGCGACCUGUUUGGAGGUAAACGAGACCCGAUUGGUCUCUGAGAGGUUGGUUGCCACGGUGGCCAUUGACAUCGAGGAUGAAGACGAGGCCGAAGCACAGGAAACCGAUGCCACGGACUCAUUGGUUCCCAACCGGGCUGUUACUGUUGCGGUUGUUACCGGGUCGGCCUCCCCGCAGCCGCUGCUGUCUCCUGAUUCAGAGGUGGCUCUUCCCGUUGUAACUACAUCUCCCAUAAAGCAACAGCUCAACCUAACACCGUGUACCCCAAUAGUCAGCACCGGUAGCCCAGUUACAGUCCGUAGUCCAAGUGUUGUUGACUUAUUACUCCCCUCAAUCCAAACAAUAAACAUUGAGGGUCCAGCCGAGGGCCCCGAAACUACCCCUGCCCCAAAAAUCACCUUAAUGUCCGGACCCUCCACCCCAACAGCUAGCACUUCUGACAACCCUACAGCCACCCAAACCCUCAAAACCCUCGAUCUAACAAGAACGUUUGAUACAGCCAAUGUUCCAAGUAGUCCAAACUCAGUUCCAACCCCAGAUGUUGGAAGGACUUUGGCCUUGAUAACAUGCUCAAUCCCAGACCCAAAUCCUAGUCUUGUGCCAAUUCCGGCACCUUUAAACCUUACCCAAGUUCCAUCCCUAGUACCUUCAAAACUUACCCAAGCUCCAGUCCCAGUACCUACUAACUUUACCCACGUUCCAGAACCAGUAAUUUCAAACCUUAUCCAAGUUACAGAACCAGUACCUUCAAGUCUUACCAAAGUUCCAGCCCUUGUACCUACAAACUUUACCCAAGUUCCAGCCCCAGUACCUUCAAAUCGUACCCCAGUUCCAGCCCUAGUACCUACAAAACUUACCCAAGUUUCAGAACCAGUACCAUCAAGCAUUACCCAAAUUCCAGUCCUAGUACCUAAAAAUGUUACCCAAGCUCCAGAACCAGUACCCACAAAUUCUAGCUCUGUUAUGGACCCAAUAAUUAUAAAUCUUACCCAAGUUCCAGACCCAGUACUGUCCAACCUUACCCUAGUGCCAAACCUACAACCUAAAAUCACCAUAGUAUCCGACUGUGAAACAAACCACAUUCUAAAACCUGCACAUUCAGACCUUACCCUUGCUACAAAUGCACCUACAUUAGCCCAUGGCCAGUUUCCAGAACUGUCACCUGGGUCAGAUGUAGCACUGGUUCCUCCAAGCCCAAUAUCAGGCUUACUCUACCACCCAGAGUCUGUUGCUGUUAUUGUAUCUUGUCUAGAUCCAGCUGCAGUACCAGCUGGUUCAGGUCCUUCUGUGGUCCUGUUUCAAUGGUCAGACUCAGAUCUUAUCAGUCCAUCAGCAUCAAAUGUCCAGGCUGGUUUAAGUUCUGGUUCUGGAUCUGCAUCGUGCUCUAGCGUUGGUUGUAGAUCAGGUCCACUGUCUGCUCCUACCCCAGCGCUCACUUUCAUGACACCCGCAUCCUCUUCUUCCUUCUCCUCCUGCCCAUCCAUAACCAUAGAGUUUGAAUCUUCUCAGUCUCCCCUUGCAUCCUCACCCUCUUCCCUUCCAGCCCCAGCGUUACUCCUUGACCCCCUCACUGCUCUGCACCAGCCCAACAAAGGUGGAUCUUCCUCCGGCCACGCUUCCUCCCUCUCCCCCUCGCCUCGAGCCACCCAGUCCCCUCCGAAACAGACUCUCUUCUCCCCUUGCGUGGACGUCUUUGAACCAGGACCUCCCAGCUGGGAGGACGGGGAGGAGGAACCGGAGGAGGGCAAUGACGACGAAGAUGAGGACAUGGGAGCUGACGAGAGCCAGUAUAGACACCGGCGCCUUACCGGCGACUCUGGCAUCGAGGUGUGCCGGUGUCGGGUGGAGGAGGAGGAGGAGGAGGAGGAGGAAGAGGAGGAAAGGAAGGAGGAUGGCAAGAGAGGAGGAGGUGGGGAUAACAAAGGAGGUGGAGACACUGAUCUCCAUGACAGCGUGGACUGCCCCGCCAGAGGUCAGACCACCACGGGGGAAGGACUCAGACCGUGUAACUCCACCUCCACCACGACACCAACGCCCGAGGAUGGCGGCAAAGUUGUCAUCGUCAUGGAGACUGUGUGAUUGGCGGAAGCCCGGGGGCGGAAUCAAACCACUCGUCAUCCCAGACACGGGAUGAACAGGAAGUUAAUGAUAGGGGGUCGAUCCGAGUUUUUUUUUUCUGUAACCCAGGGAGGUUUUGAACAGAGAAGAUUGCGAUAGUGGAGUCACGUUACUGAAUGUAGCAUCUUCAACAUCCGUUUGUCAGACACGGCGUGAAGUGUCGGACGUUAGGAAGAGAUUCAACAUGGAAGCGUUAGCUCGUUACAACUGUGAGGUACUCAGAUGUGGUUGGGAAGUAUCUGCGUGGAGAGGUAAAUACUGCACUACAGAACGGCUGUCAACCAUUUGGGAAAUGUCCAAAAAAAAAGUUAGGACAGCAAGCCGCUAUUUUGUAACUUUGGAGAGUUGUUUGCCAGACAGGAAAGCUCUUAUUUGAGGUGCAUUGUGGGAAAUGUGGGAUCCAGUGUUUCGGGAGGUUGACCCAUACUAGAAAGUAAAACCAGGGGCCCCUACUCAGCUUCAAUUUUGACCAUUAUUGUUUAAAUCUGUCCCCUAACUUUGAAUAAUACAAAUAUUUUGAGUUCUUCUUUCAACCUGCAUUGUUUACAUCCAUAUUUACCAGCUAGACGUCUUUCGCAAGCACAUUGCUACUUUUCUUGACCCGUUAUCUAUCACUAAAUCAUUUGUGAAAUCAAGGUAUGUUAAAUAACUUUAAACCAGGACUUAUAAGCUAUAGUUUAGCCACGGGAUAGAUUUGAAUGAUAACAUUAAAAUGCUAGCUUGCACUGGCUACUUUGUGGUGGCUAUGGCUAGCUAGCUAACAAGCUGCCCUUUUCUUAGUGGACGUGAUUAGCUCCCAAUCAGAAAAUUUUCACUCCUCACUUCCGAUAAGACAAGAUACAGACGCAGCUAGAUAUCCACUAAGCUAAUGUGGCGUUCAGGUCACGUGGGAGUUGGAGCUCACAUCUACGUCAAAGUCGUAGUUGUAACCGGGAAACUCCAGAAAUCCAACUUUGCACUUUAUAAAGUACCAGAAAGAGAAAAUAUUGAUGCUUCAACUAAAAAAACAUUGUUAAAGGGAAUUAAAGGCUAAUUUAUUGGAUGUAAUCCUGUUUGUCCAAUUAUAAAACAGUGUUGAGUUGUCCAAUGACGUCAUCAUGGGAGUCUUUCCCGUCACGUCCGUCACCAUCGGGUGCUUUGACAGAAAUGAUGUUUUUCUUUCUGGCGUCUGUCUGCCACCGCCAAGUAACAGACCUUACCUUUAAAUAGUUGAACAUUUAGCUCGUCUUGAGGGUGAUGACGGAGGCUUUUGGAACCGUGCCGGGAACAAAGAGUGACUUGAUGUGGGAGGAUGAUUCAGUCUGACUGACAGAAGGGACAAGACUGAUUCACUCGUUAGAGGGGACUAUCUGAUGAAGACGUUCGGUGGGUAGCUUUAUAAGAAGGGACUCGAUCCUACGCGGAAGGUUUCAGGGUUUGGUUUUCUGUGCGUCAGCCUUUUCGGGGAAGAGAAAAAGCUUUUUGCAUAAAUAAGAAUAAACAAUGGGCACUUUUAGAGCGAUAACAAAGCACCAAACAACAGACGGGAACACGUCAUCGUUGCCCGUCUUUGUCUCUUUCUCUGAAUUUUGAGGUCAGACACGACGCUCAGUCUAAACUCUGAAAUAUUCCCUUUCUUUGCUUCGUGCAUCUCUGCGUUCAUAGACACAUCGUUCAGAACCCUCAAUUCUGAAUGGAUUAAGUUCACAUCGUCCUACAACUAUUCACCAAACAAGUCGAACUUUUUUAGGGCCUUCAAAUGCAUUUAGGAUUUAUUCUUAGACAAACGUAAAGGUAGAGUAUAUUUAGUCAAUUAUAGUGUUUUUGUCCAAUCACCUUAGAGUCUGAUGAGUGAAGAGCAAUAUUAUUAAUCAGAAGCGUUGAUAGAAAAGCAAUGUUUUGUCAUUGUUGAGUAAAACAACUGUUGUUUUAAUUCAAAAUAUAACACACUGGCUUUUUUUACGCACCUUUGGUGGAUGAAGAUCUUUCUAAAAACCCUUCUGGACAAAUUAGAAGUUUUCUUUGUCAACAACUUGCAGAUGUGACAUUUUUAGCCCAACAGCAGCAGUGUAAUGAUUGUAAAGGCUGAAACAACAAAACAAACAGUUUAACAUUCACAGACAUUCUGUUGUACUUUUAUAUGAAAAGUUUUUUAAAAUUAAUUCCAUCAAAACGCUUCUCCAGAAUCUAGUUUCCAGAAUCUAGUAGCGGGAUGAAAAUAGAAGCAAUGUUCAUUUUGUCAACUAAGACUUUUGAUCUAAUAAUUGAUCGUAAUUAUUUUGCCUGCAAAGCUGAAUUCUUAAAUAUUCGAACUGUGUUUUUCAUCAGAUAACGAGAAGAUAAAAUCUUUUGUUUUGACUAAAAUGACAAAAUGACUUGUUUUGGCUCGACUAGAUUGAAUAUAAAGUAUAAUCUGAUGAAAAAGGACAUUUGACAUAUGUUGUGAAGUGGAGCUUCUGAUGACGACCAAGACACGUCUGGUUUUGUACGGAACACUUUUACUGUCUGAAACUGCAGUAUAACAACUGUUACAGUAAAUAGAGCGCAAUCUUGCACCCGACAUGUAUGUUUUUUCUUAUCAUCAUCAUUGUUGUCGUGAAGAAGCACGUAUCAUGCUACUUCCUGUCUCUUCACAGGAAAAUCAUUUGCGCUUUCAUGCUUUUCCCAAUAAAAGUAAACAUGCAAUCAAACAAUUUACAACAACACAAGACUAAGACAAAGAUUAAAAAAAUAGCUGACAAUAUUUUUGGACUAAAAGUAAUGAUGAACAUUAAAAAGCUGCCAAAAUUAACAUUGCAUCGACGUUAGUUGGAGCUUUUUCUGUCACAUUUUCUUAAACCUGCUGCCACAAAGUGCACUUUGUUUUGUUUUUCUUUCCGUAAGCCGCGUUAGAAAGUUUCACAAAUAACGUGUUGUUCCUGAACUAGACGUUAGAGCGACUUGGAAAGAAGACACCAGACAGUUAUCGUCCGACCGACACCAGAUUGAACUGGAACUCGUCAGAAUGUUUGUUUUAGAGAGUAAAGAGGGAAGUGUUCCCGAUGUAGCUUCAGGUGAGACGAAGGUCUCGGUCUUCAAUAACCUGGUCCGAGCUUCUCUACGAUGAAGACUUUACAAGCCCAUUAUGGACUGAGCUACCCAUACGGAUGCCCAUGAGGGACAAAUCUUGCCGUUACCGUCUACAAUGGCGGCAGCUGGAUGUUUAAAUCCUGACGUCUCCGUCGUCGGUUUGGAAAAAACCCAACGCGCACAAGAUUGGAUUCAUACGUGGAUGGAUGGUAAAUGAUCCAGUCUCUUGUUUUUUAAAACAAAAACCUUUUGUGGCUAAAUUCACAGAUGUAGGAAUCUGCCUUUGAGCGGAUGUGGACCUCAAGCAGAUUCUCCGAGUGUCGUCUUGUGAUAUUCGUCUCCGAUCGAAAGGAGUUCGUAGAGACUCUGAAGGACUUCCUCGAGAACGCUCAAGGGUGAUACUGAGCCGUUGAUGUUGUGGUUGAUGGUGUUCUUUCUUUUUGUUUUUGUUUACCUGAACUAAUAAGGUUAUAUAUCUCCAUGGUUACUGAGUGCCAUUUCUACUUGACAACUGUUACUACUUAGCGUUAGAUGGAGCUGGUGUGGACUUUCAACCAGAGUGACUGUUGUCUCAAAUCUGUCCCCGUCGUAGCUCAGGUUCCCAAAGAGGCUCUGCAGCUCUGAGAUCAGCCUCAGCUUCAGUCUUCAGCCAACUGAUGAUGGCCUAUCCCCCCCUCGUACACGAGGCUGAUGUCAGGGCCGGCCUAAUGUUUGGAAACGCCGUCUUUAUCUCUUUUUCUGUUGGGCUGUUUUUUAAAAUCGCGUCGGUGGACGAAAACCUUCAAAAAUGAGUCCUCCCCACUAGAAGAGUUUCACACUGACUGGGUUCACAUUCACAGGUCAGAUUUGGUUUUAACUAAGAAGUUGAUCAACCUCUACUAAAGCUUGGGACAUCUAGCUUAAACCCAAAACAAGUCCAAACAACCUAGAUUUGAAUAGCCCCUGUCCAAUCGCUUUAGACUUGAACAGACCUAGUCUAACUUACCCAGACUGGUACAGACCUGGUCCAACCGACCUAGACUGGAUCAGAUGACCAGGUCCAACCUACCCAGACUAGAAUACUACUACCAACCGACCCAGAAUGGAACAACAGACUAGGUCCAACCGACCCAAACUCGAAUACUACUACCAACCGACCCAGAGUGGAACAACGGACUAGGUCCAACCGACCCGAACUAGAAUACUACUACCAACCGACCCAGACUGGAACAACAGACUAGGUCCAACCGACCCAGACUGAAACAGAUUCAGUACAACCGACCCAGACUGGAACAGAAGACCAGGUCCAACCGACCCAGACUGGAACAACAGACUAGGUCCAACCGACCCAUAAAUGUAGGUAAGGGGCGGAGCUGGUUCCUUUGAGGGUAAAAUGCCCAUUUUUAACUCUGAAACCCAACACGAGACAAAGUUCUCCACCUUAAACCUUGAGAUCAGAGAAAAGGACCGGAUUGACAUGUGAACCCAGUCAAGGUUUUAGACAACUCUUGGAUCUUGGCCUCAUUAACUGUUCUCAUUUAACCGUUUUGGGCUCUUUCACUUGUCCCAUGAGGAGAUUGGAAGCAGCUUCACCCGUGGUGUUUGACAAAACUUUUUAAUUUACUAGAAAUGUCCGUGUGCUCCUUCUAUUUUUAGUCUAAAGAGCGUUUUUAUCUCGUCAUCUCUUCUCUGCUGUCCUUCCUGUUUGCAUGAGGUUUCUGUCAGGAGGAGCGGAAGAAAGCCGAGAAGAGACUUUAAAAUCCCUUAAUGUUACGAUAAUAACGACGCUAAUUAUUAGUAAUACUAAAUUAAUAGUGUGUGUGUGGAUGUGUGUGGAUGUGUGUGUGACCUAACUAAACCAGCCUGUUCUAAAAGUGUGUGACGAUAUACUGAAUAAAAACUGUCAAAUCUACCUAC